AUGAAAGCUUCAGAGGCGGUUUUACGGGGUGCUUUGCGCGAGGCAAACCGUCGGCCAUCGGACACUCCAUCGGUUCUUGCAAAGCGUGGCAUCGCCAUCGGUGAAGUCAUCGGCGAAGGAGCGUUCUCCUGUGUGAAGAAAGGGCACAAUUUGAACGGCAAUACUGUGGCGGUUAAAAUUAUCGAUAAGAAUGGUUCCUCGUCAAACGUAGUGCUCAAGUUUAUGCCACGCGAGCUGGAGAUCAUUAAAACUCUCAAGCACAAGAAUGUGAUCACAUUUUUCGAAUUCAUCGAGACCACAAUGAGGUUUUACAUCGUGAUGCAGUACGCGGAGAAGGGAUCCUUGUUGCAGUUGCUGAAACGAGAACGGUGGCUUAGCGAGCCCAGAGCCUGGCACUAUUUCCAUCAACUGAUCGACGGUGUUGCCUACAUCCACAAAUGCGGAAUCGCGCACCGCGAUAUUAAGUGUGAAAAUAUUGUGUUCAAUGCGCGGGACACACUCAAGUUGAUCGACUUUGGCUUUGCACGUCGAGUAACGAGACGCACGGAAGGCAGUCAGCAGGGCGGUAUGGUAGGACCGUGUUUAUCGAAAACGUUCUGCGGAAGCCAUGCGUACGCGAGUCCGGAAAUUUUAAAUUUUACACCUUACGAUCCGUUUCCGUCGGAUGUUUGGGCGUGCGGUGUGGUACUGUUCGCCAUGGUGAGCGGCAAGCUACCGUUCACGAACGCCAAAAAAGUUUCCCUACUGCUCCAGGUAAUUAAGAGCGGCCCAAAAUAUCCCGAGUACGUUAGCGACAAAUUAAGGAUUCUGCUGGACCAGAUAUUUAGUCCCGUGAGCGAACGUGUUACCAUACCCGGAAUCAGGGCGAGCGAAUGGUGCCUGACACUGCCGGGCGAUGCUAGCUUAGAAAAGGACACAGACGAAACGGCAGAAACCCCGAGAAAGAGGUUCAAACCGAAUCACGAGGCAGCAAAACUGCCUCGUAGACGAAUGUACCACUCGUUAAAUUGCUACUUUUCCAGACUUCUGGCUAUUGAACGUAACCAGGUUCCACGUAUCCGGACCCCGCGUAAACAGGAUCUUUUCCCGGGCUUCCAGCAAACUGUUGAUGCAUUUGCUGCCCAUCACGCUGCCACGCUGCCGAUCGUCGGUGCACCCCGAUCGACCGGACUGGAACGGCACACCACCAGCACCAUCCUCUAA